ACCAACGGCAUCAGUGACAGGAAGCAGCUCAGCAGCGCUGUAAUGUCAGUCUGUCCUACACGUGUUAACUGUCUCUGCCGGAGCAUCACGCUCCGAAAAUAGAAGACACUUAAAGGUUACUCGGCAGCGCACAUUUGAACGCCAGCUUCUCUGUAGCCGUUAGAUAUUUAUUGGUCACCAUGAAGUACAUCCUGGUAACUGGAGGAGUCAUAUCUGGUAUUGGCAAAGGCAUCAUAGCGAGCAGCGUGGGAACAAUCCUCAAGUCCUGUGGCCUUCAUGUGACAGCCAUCAAAAUCGACCCCUACAUUAACAUUGAUGCUGGCACCUUUUCACCAUAUGAACACGGUGAAGUAUUUGUUCUUGAUGAUGGCGGGGAGGUGGAUCUGGACUUGGGCAACUACGAGCGUUUCCUGGACAUCAAGCUCACCAGAGACAACAACCUCACCACUGGAAAGAUCUACCAGUCUGUAAUAAACAAGGAGAGGAGGGGAGACUACCUGGGCAAGACUGUCCAAGUGGUACCUCACAUCACAGAUGCCAUCCAGGACUGGGUAAUGAAGCAGGCAAAAAUUUCAGUCGACGACGAUGAUGUGGAGCCUCAAGUUUGUGUUAUAGAGCUGGGAGGCACAGUGGGGGACAUCGAGAGCAUGCCCUUCAUUGAAGCCUUCAGACAGUUCCAGUUCAAGGUGAAGAAGGAGAACUUCUGCAACAUCCACGUCAGCUUGAUACCACAGCCCAGUACCACAGGAGAGCAAAAAACCAAACCAACCCAAAACAGUGUGCGAGAGCUCAGGGGUCUUGGCCUGUCUCCAGAUUUGAUCAUGUGCCGCUGUGCUACACCCCUAGAAACAUCCGUCAAGGAGAAGAUCUCCAUGUUUUGUCAUGUGGAGCCCUCACAGGUGGUGUGUGUCCAAGAUGUCUCUACAGUGUACAGAGUGCCUCUGCUGCUGCUGGAACAAGGCGUCAUGAGGUACUUCUGUGAGCGUCUGAACCUGCCCGUCGAGCCCAAGCCCAGAAAGAUGCUCACAAAGUGGAAGGAGAUGGCUGACCGAUCUGACCGUCUCCUGGAGAAAGUUUCCAUUGCUCUGGUGGGGAAGUAUACAAAGUUAUCUGACUCCUACACGUCGGUUAUUAAGGCCCUUGAGCACUCGGCCCUCGCAAUUAAUCACAAACUGGACGUCAAGUACGUAGACUCUGCAGACCUGGAGGCUGCCACGCUGCAAGACGAACCAGUGAAAUAUCACGAGGCCUGGCACAAACUCUGCAGUGCUGACGGUGUGCUGGUACCAGGUGGUUUCGGUGUGAGAGGAACAGAAGGCAAGAUUCUGGCCAUUAAGUGGGCAAGAAAACAGAACAAGCCAUUUCUGGGGGUUUGUUUGGGCAUGCAGCUGGCAGUGUGCGAGUUUGCCCGAGAAGUUCUUGGAUGGGAAGAUGCAAACUCCACAGAAUUUGAUCCCGAAUCCAAACACCCUGUGGUGAUUGACAUGCCGGAGCACAACCCAGGGCAGAUGGGUGGGACUAUGAGGUUGGGGAAGAGACGGACCAUUUUCAAAUCCAACACCAGUGUACUGAAAAAACUGUACGGAGAUUCGGACUAUGUUGAGGAGAGGCAUAGACACAGAUUUGAGGUGAAUCCUGAGCUGACGCACCAUUUUGAAUCAAAGGGCCUCCAUUUUGUUGGUCAGGAUGUGGAAGGAGAGAGAAUGGAGGUUGUUGAGUUAGAGGGCCAUUGUUACUUUGUUGGAGUGCAGUACCAUCCAGAGUUCACCUCCAGACCCAUCAAACCAUCUCCUCCAUACUUUGGCCUCCUGCUGGCUGCUGCAGGGAAACUCCCGGGCUUCAUGGCCAAGGGCUGUCGCCUUUCUCCACGGGACACCUACAGCGACCGCAGCGGCGGCAGCUCUCCUGAAGCUGACAUCGUAGACCUGAAGUUCCCGUCUUUGUAGCCGAUAACACCCGCGUUUGUGUAGACAAGUCCAGGAUGAGACGUGGUCUGUCUCUAAUGUUGGAAAACCAAAGUACAGGUUAAACUGGUUUUAUUUUUAUUCAAAAUCUAUUUAUGCCUUGUUUGUGUUUGUGUGUCGGUAAAUGGAUGUUUUAUAUCUCUGUUGCUGCAAUAAUCGGAGGAAUUAUGGUAAAAAUAUUGAAUACAGACAUUGUUAGAAACUUGAAAAGAAAAUGAGAGAAGCUAAGCUCUUCAGGAAAUGGACGAUGACUUUUCCAGUUAGACAUUUAAAAGCAAAGUAACAGUGACACAGGGUUCAGGUGGGAGUCAGGGUCCCACCGUGCUGGAAAAAAACCCAACAUUGACCUUUUACAUGACUUGAUUUGUCCAUGUUGCAUGAUAUGUAAUGUUUAAUUUUACACUUUUAUUUUCUGCCACUUAUUGUUUCUUUCCUGUCAAGUAUACAAUACUCAGGUGUGUAAACUACAUGUUAUACUAGGUUUGGAUAAUCUUGUGAUGUUUUGCAUGGAAAUCUGUUUCAGACUGUUUAGACUGGACCACAGAGUCACGCUUAUGUAGGUGGGAGUUUAUUCAUUUUCCUUUUGAAACAGGGUGGAAGGUUAAGUAGUGAGGAAUAUAACAAGGGUCUGGUUUAGUCCACAUGAUGACCUGACCAUGGAUCUUAUUCUGGUUUAGUCCACAUGAUGAUCUUUUUAAGUUCUCAUGAAGACCUGGCCUUUAUUCUGGUUUAGUCCUCAUGAGGAACUGGCUUUUAGUCUGGUUUAAACCUCUUGAGGAACUGGCCUUUAUUCUGGUUUAGUCCUCCUGUGGAAUGGACCAUUAUUCUGGUUUAGUCCUCAUGUGGAACUGACUGUUAUUCUGGUUUAAUCCUCAUGGAGACUUUGUCUGACCUUUUAUUCUGGUUUAAACCUCAUGGGGAACUGGCCUUUAUUCUAGUUUACACCUCAUGAGGACCUUGUCUGGCCUUUAUUCUGGUUAAAUCCUCAUGUGGAACUGGCUUUUAUUCUGGUUUAAACCUCAUGAGGAACUGGCCUUUAUUCUGGUUUAAACCUCAUGAGGACCUUGUCUGGCCUUUAUUCUGGUUUAAACCUCAUGAGGACCUUGUCUGGCCUUUAUUCUGGUUUAAACCUCAUGAGGACCUUGUCUGGCCUUUAUUCUGGUUUAAACCUCAUGAGGACCUUGUCUGGCCUUUAUUCUGGUUUGGUUCUCAUUUUUGUGUGGUCCUUGUUAUGACCUGGCUUUUAUUUCUGGUUUAAACCUCACGAGAAAUGGUUUUGAUUCUGGUUUUGUUCUGGUUUUAAUCUGGCCUUUAUCCUGGUUUAGAGAGGCACUUAUGCAAUGAUGGGAGUAUGUAGAUGUUCCUGUUGUAACAGGGUGAAAGGUUAAGUCGUGAUGAAUAUAAUGAGGGUCCUGGGUUUUAUUCUGCAUGAAUGUGUUAUUGACAAACCUGUGGUGUUAUAAGUUUUUUCAUUCCAUAAUCCCACAGUCGUUAGCUCUGGUUGGAGGCUUUGUAGGCUGCUGUGUCUUUUAAUGUCAGUGAAACAAAAGUACGCUUGAUGUCGUCAUUGACUCAAAGGUAUUAACUAGAAAAAC